CGUGCGGGUGGAUUGGUAUCUUUUGAGCAAUAAGUUGUUUGUAAGUUCUUAGCCAUCAUCUUAUUUGAUAAAUUGUUUGAAUGCUGGAUAUGCAAGUAGGAGGCUUAGAUGUAAGAAAUGCAACACUGCAACUCAGUUGGUGCUAUCUUCAUCUCAUUUCCCCUCUUGUUUUUAUUUUAUUUAUGCAAAUCAUGUGGUAUUUGUUGCUUAUGAAAAAGAAUCAGCAGCUGGUAGAAUCUGAUUUAGCGUCUACCUUACUAAUUACUGAUCUCUGGGUCUAAUGACCCAACUAUUUUUUCAACCCUAACGCAACAAUUGCAUAUCUGUAGCAUAUUGUGUGGGAUCCCCAGAAAAACUUAGAGCCUGGUUUGCAAAAAAGUGACUAGGCAUUUUCUUAUCCUUGUUUUGGUGAGGAAGCCCAUUAUUUUCAGUUGACUCUUGCACAAUUUUGUAUUCAAAGCUCAGCCAGUAUUUAUAUUUGCCACUGACCAGAAAAAUCUAAGCUAGUUCCCCACUUCUGCUUUUAGUAUGAUCAGCAAUGAGUUUCUGUUCUAACAUUCAGAAAACAUACAAUUUACCCCUACAAAAUGUCGUUCUGCUGUUGCAAAAGUUUCAGUGAGUAAUUUUCCGUAAGCCAAGGACAUACAAAUUCCACUGCUAUGUUAGGCCUAACUAGUAUUACAGAAAUAUGUUCUUUUUAUUGUCCAAGUCAAGAAAAAUGGAGAAACUUGGUGAGGAUUCAUAAGUUUCUUGGGGACUUCAAAGUUACCCAAUGAGCUUUCAGUUCUCACACAUCUGCACUAAGAGUCACAAUGCCACUGCCAGUAUGCUGGAUAUGUAUAUUUGGCAUUAAUCGCUUAAAUCAAGCUAGUUCUGCACUGUCGCUUCUAGGAAGAUUGCUGAUGAAAUUUGAGUUCUCGUAUCCAUUGAAUACAUAGUUUCAUUUCUAGAUAAUUUCAGUUGUCACUGGCUUCCUGUAUUUUGACUUGAUCUGACAUUGACAAGACCUAGAUCUAUGAACUCCAAAGUUGGAAUGCGUUAUUUGAUGCUGCAUUUGCUUUUGAUUUAUUUUCAAAUAGUUCUCCGUUUGUUUUUAGCACCAAUCAGGUUUUUAUGGUGGUAAGCGUCUAUUAGUUGGUGUACAUGUUUGUCUUGGUGAAUAGAAAGAAGCACCAGUGGUCAACUGGCCUUGCUGAUGUUUAAUAUACAGUUUUACAAAUACUAUAGCAUUCGAUUGACCGAAGCCUUUUCUAAGUUCCAUCAAAUAUUGGUACCCUGCUUUCUGGUAAAUAACUGAUUAUAAUCCCAGAAUAAAUUCCUGUACUGCCUUGCCUGUAUGUAUAUCUACUUCGCUGUAAUGCGUGGUUAAAAGUGUACAUGGCCUGUAUAUUGUCUUGUGAAAUGAGCAAAAAACAUUCCCUCAAAGUUCAAAUUAUUUGCUGGUUGAUUCACCUUGUUUAUUCGCUCAAAUUUUUAGACAUGCUAAUUAUCUUGGCAACUUUAGAUGUUGCCCAUAUUCAAAGUAAUCACCUUAUAUGUCAUCAGAGUGAUAUUAUUACUGGAUUCAUGGCUACUUUUCUUCUUUCGUACUACUUAUGAUUCACUGAACCUCGGUGCCAUGUUGUGGUUCACAGUACAGGAGUACAAAUCGCUUAGACCAAAUCUGUAAGAAAGAAAAGAUGAGAGAUGUUCAUGGAAGUGUCUGAACUAAAUUGCUGCUUGUUAUACUAGUUUCCUUCUUUCGUCAUGAUUUCAAGGCCGAAAACAAGGAAAUCGCCAUCAUGGUUUCAGGAUACCAUUCCCAUCGUGAGUCUGAAAAAGGAAGCAAAAGACAGAAAACAAAACACAGAGAGAGAAUGUGGACGCAUACUUCUUUCCUUUUCAGGCCCAAAACAAAUCCCGGUCUAUCCAAUAAAAACCCAAGGAAUCGAACCGUUAGAAAUCCCACGAGGCGGGAGGUCGAGGGCGGGCUCAAGGUCAAUCAACGGUCCGCCGAGCCGCCGCCGGAAGCCGGAAGCCGGAAUCCGACGAACGUCUCUGGAGCAGCAAGCGACGUCUCGUUCGAAUUCAUCGACGUCAUCGGCUAAGAAAACCACCGGGAACAUAUCGAGUACAAUCUUUUUGUUGACAUGGACUUAACACCAGAGUUGCAAUGGUCGGUCCCUUCUGUGGUUGAUGGUCUCAAUCGAGGCCAGAGGAAGGUUCUGUUCACCGCGUUCAAGAACAACCUUGAUAAACAUACUAGGGUUUCUUGGCUCGCUGACUGUGCUGUGAAACAAGCAGCAUACAGCUGUGGUCAACAGAGUGCUGAGCAGACGAUAAUCAACAUGGCUCAAGAUUUCCUGGGCAGUAACAACUUAAACCUCUUUGAUCCUAGUGGUCCCUUUGGUGCCAGAUAUCAGGGAGGUGAAGAUGCUCUGGAUGGUUGUGUCCUACAUACAUGUUUAUUACCUGUGACACGCCUUGUAUUUCCUGAGGAGGAUGACAUUCUGCUAAACUAUGUGGAACAUUCUGGACGAUCAAUAGAACCCAUUUGGUAUCACUCUCAAAAGGUUUGAUGUAGUUAAUGAAUAUAUGUUCCUGAAAUAUGAUCGUCUUCUGUUCUGUCAUUAUUCCUUAGGUACAUUCCAAUCAUUCCCAUGGUUUUGGUCAAUGGAAAUAGAGGAUGCAAUAGCAAUGUUCCAAGCUACAAUCCAAGGGACAUCAUUGCUAACCUGAGACGAUUACUUACGAGCCUGUAGAACCAAUGGACCCAUGGUAUAGGGGUUUUAAGGGCCGUAUAGAGAAGAUUAGUACAACAGUUGAAGGUAGCACAUAUAGCACAACUGGUGUUAUAAAGUUUGUCAACGAGACUACAUUGCUUAUCACAGAGUUGCCAAUCCAUUGCUGGACUAAAGAUUAUCUCGAUUUCCUUAUGUCUUUACGUAUUGAGUGCAUCAGAGAUAUAAAUCAUGACAAUAUAAAUGUACAAGUGGAGGAAAAGAAUACGGAAAAUGUUACGCAAGAAAGUAUGGAGAAGAAAUUUAACCUCAUCACAACAGUUGGAACAACAAACAUGCAUUUGUUUGAUAGGGAUGGUAUAAAUAUCCGAAAAUACAAGACACCAGAAGAAAUUCUCGAAGAGUUCUUUGGACUGAGGCUUGAAUGCUAUGAGAAAAGAAAGAAAGCGCAACUGGACUCUCUCGACCUCGACUUGUGGAAGAUCACUAACAAAGUUAGGUUCAUUCUUGGCGUCGGUCGUGGUGAUAUCACAGUAAUAGACAGGGAGACAGAUGAUUUAGUUCUCGAGCUUUAUCGGAAGGGAUUUGCUCCAUUUUCAAAGAGCAGUGAGAGUCCUGAGGGCGGGAAAAGAGUUUUAGCAAGUGACUAUGAGUACCUCCUCUCGAUACCAAUUAGUAGCAUGGUUCGAGAAAAGCUACAUGAGCUCUAUGCUGAAAAGGCCGAGUUAGAGGAGAAAAUCAAGGAGGUGAGAAGAUCCGAACCAAGAUUGCUCUGGAUGAAAGAUCUUGAUGCUCUUGAAGCUGAACUAGAUAGGCUUGAUGAUUUAAAGCGUGCUGAGAUUGAGCGCUUGGAAACUUUAAGGAAUAGAAAGAAACCAACUAAGAAGGCUACUGCAAAUGAUGGCGAGGCUGGUGUCUGUAAGCCUGUCAAAUCAAAACCAGCAACACAAAAGAAGGGAAAACCUAACACGAAGGCAAGUGUGAUUGAGAUUGUUCAUGACGAGGCGCCCCAGCUAGAUGCUCGCCCGGCCAACAAUGUGGUGGACUCCUCUUCAGCCCAUACAGAAGUACUGCAGAAAGGAGAUACAUGUAGCAACAAGGGGGCAAGUAAAACAGGAGCUGAGUGGGGAAGAAAGCCAACUGCUGCGAAAACGGCACCAAAACCCGCAAGUCGGGGCACCGUCGCCACGAGGAAGAGGACAGUAUCAGCUGCCGCAGCUCAUGGUAAGAUCAACGACGCUGAGGCAGAGAAGGAGAUGUUAGCAGAGGAUAACAUUCCUCGUGCUGCUGUUGUUGCUUCCCCGGAGAAAAAGGUAAGAAGGACGAGGGGGCGAGAUGCGACCGUCGCCGUCGCCGAGCCUGCUGCGAGGCUGAAGAGGGGGAACAAGAAGAAGGCACAGCGCGCCUGAUGAUUCAUGGAUUAGGCACCGCAAUGUGUUCUCAGUCAAUCGCUGAGGCGUUGCUGAUCCGUUCAAACAUGAACAACUUGAUUUUCUGUUUGAUUAGAAUUAGAUCUCUUGUAUAAUUUUUUUUAGGGGAUUAGAUCUGUUGUACUGCAUUCUGAUUUCCGAGAUCACGGUGGACGGUGCUGUGGGUUGGAGUGAUGAUAGGUUGAAAGAACUGGUUGGGCUGCCGUCUAAAUUAUAAACCCACCGGAGAAGUUUUCUGCUC